CGGGCCAUCGAUCUGACGCUGCCGACGGAGACCGAGAUCUUAAUGCAUAAGCGAAUACUCGACAAACUCUUCGGCAAACCGACGCCAAACCUCUCGCAACAGGACUCCAAAAGUUUGACAAUUUUACUCAUGAGUCGUGACGAGGAUCUGAUCAUCAAAACGCUGUCAGUUGUGGCCAAUUGCUGCGCGUUUACCGUUAAUAUCGACACGAUUUGCGAUUCCGGAUGUAUUUUAAUGCUAUACGAACUGCUGUUUCAUAAGAGUGAGGCCGUGAGGACGGCCACAACCAAUGCCAUCGCUAAUAUAGCCAAUGGUCAGAGGGCUCAGGAGUUGCUUCAAGAAUGCAUUCCCGCGUUAGUGAAUCGGGUGAAGAGCUCAGACAAUGAUUUGUUAACCAAUUGGACGCUCAGAGCGUUGGCCAAUCUGGCCCUUCGCGACGUCAACCAG